AUGAGUACAACAAAAUUAGGCAUUUUGCUUGUUCGUACACUAGCGAAACCAAUUGCAAAUAGUAUUAAAAAUUAUAGUAAAAGACAUGCAACCUUUCGUCAAAUGUGUAUUAAUAUAGCGCAGGCAACUCAUCGGUUUGAAAUUAAAUUAAAGAUGAAUUUGUUGAGUCAAAAACGAAAACCCGAAAAAAUCCGUCCUUUAAACGAUGCAAAAGCUGUAGAGAUGGGUGCUAAUUUUUUAGGCGAGGCAGUUAUUUUCGGAGUUGCAAGUUCUUUAAUCAUUUGGGAACAAGCUAGAUCAUACAAAAUGUCCAAAGACCGUCAACACCAUUUGAAUGAUCAAAUAGAGAAAUUACAAGAGGAAACCAAAGAAUUGAAAUCUAACAUCGAAAUAAAUCGAUCUUUUGAGGAUCGAAUGAUGAAUCAUCUUGAAGAACUGAAAAAUGAUAAUGAAAAGUUACGAGACCUUUUAGAUAGACUUUUGAUAAAAGGAUUGGAACCAAGGAAUUCGGAGAUCAAGGGACUAUGGACGAUACAAGUCCCUUUGACGAUUUUUUCAAACUCUCUAAGACUCAACGACUUUAUGGUUUUGGAAUCUGGUAAUUUACUUCGCGUUGUAUUUUCUCAAAAUGAAAAGUCUACACUUUCAUUAUUCACUUCAAACAUUACUGGUUUUGCCAUUUUGUACACUAUUGGAAAUAUUAUAUCUCUCAUGAGUACCGGUUUCCUUGUCGGUUUUAAAAAGCAAAUUAAAACGAUGUUUGCUCCAGUUCGCUGGUUUGCUAGUUUAAUUUUCCUUGGAACUUUAGUACUUACAUUGGUAGUCGCGUUCACGUUAACUAAGCUAGUUCCUUUUAACGCAGCUGAAAAAUGGACUUUUAUGCAUAAUUUUAUGCAUUAUUCAAUGGUUGGCAUUAUUUUGGUAUUGGCAAGUAUUAUUAAUUAA